GAGAGAGGGAACUCCUGGGAGAGCUGGGUGGAGAGGAACCUACUGAUGCACGGAGUUGUCAACUCUUAAGUUUGUAGCCGUCAAGUUUAAAAGCUUAAAUGAUCCAAUGUUGGAAAAAACUCUCAGGGCCCAGGGAAAAUGGAAAUUUCCUUAAGGAUGUUAGUUUCCACGUGUUGUCAAUCUAAACUAAGCACGCACGGGUGCCAGGUGCUUCAGCUCUAGCAACCUAUAAACUCCCAAACCCUGGCACGUGCAACUACUCUCAUUUCUCAGAGGAGGAGGCAGAAGCCGCAGACCUGGGAGGUUGUUGCUAAAUGCUGAGGCCCCUUUCUUGUCGAAGAUCGUGGGGACAGACCUCCAGUUUAGGUUGCAGUGAGGAAUAUUCAUUUAACCAACAAAUAUUUAUUGAGUGCCUACUAUAUAUGUAUAUGCAGGUAGGCCCUCGAAAUUAGCCGUGGGAUUAAAAAGAUAAGUCUUGUUUUCCAGGAAGGAGCUCCCCGAAGAGUGGGGCAGCCGGCUAGGUAAACAGUUCCAGAAAAGUCCGGUGAGGGCCGUGCGAGGAGCCAGCAGCCGGUGCGGGGAAGGCGUCGCAGGACUGGCGUUCGAGAUAGGGUUGAAGCCGUGUCCUGAAAAAGCCGGGCCGGAGGGGGCUGUCCCCGGUGUCACUCGAGUUCCCUCAUCCUGUCAUUUCACCCGGCGACUCCGAGAGCAAGAAGAAGGGUCUCCCCCGGAACUUUAGAGAAGGGUCUCCCUCCCGGGGCCCGAUCGUCUCCGUCCCCGCUCGCACUUCCUGAGUCGCCCGCGCCCGGCCGCCGCCGCCCCGCUCCGGCCCCCGCAGCCCGCGGCGCCCGCCCGAGGGAGCCCCGGCGCCCGCGGAAGGCAGCAGUGGGCGAGCGCGCCCCCGCCAGCCCCGCGCCCCAGCCCUGCCCCGCGAGGAAGGACCGGGAAGAUGAACAACGGCGGCAAAGCCGAGAAGGAGAACACCCCGAGCGAGGCCAACCUGCAGGAGGAGGAGGUCCGGACCCUGUUUGUCAGUGGUCUUCCUCUGGAUAUCAAACCUCGGGAGCUCUAUCUGCUUUUCAGACCAUUUAAGGGCUAUGAGGGUUCUCUUAUAAAGCUCACAUCUAAGCAGCCCGUAGGCUUUGUCAGUUUUGACAGUCGCUCAGAAGCAGAAGCUGCAAAGAAUGCCUUGAACGGCAUCCGCUUCGAUCCUGAAAUUCCGCAAACACUACGACUAGAGUUUGCUAAGGCAAACACGAAGAUGGCCAAGAACAAACUCGUAGGGACUCCAAACCCCAGUACUCCUCUGCCCAACACUGUACCUCAGUUCAUUGCCAGAGAGCCAUAUGAGCUCACAGUGCCUGCACUUUACCCCAGUAGCCCUGAAGUGUGGGCCCCGUACCCUCUGUACCCGGCGGAGCUAGCGCCUGCUCUACCUCCUCCUGCUUUCACCUACCCCGCUUCACUGCAUGCCCAGUGUUUCUCUCCUGAGGCAAAGCCCAGCACACCUGUCUUUUGUCCACUUCUCCAGCAAAUUAGAUUUGUCUCUGGGAAUGUGUUUGUAACGUAUCAGCCUCCUGCAGACCAGCAGAGGGAGCUCCCAUGUUGAAUGUGUUUGUUAGCUAUUUUUUUCCCCCCACCUUUUGCAAAAAACUAUUUCUUGGCGACGUGUGAGAGAUUUCAAUAAAAAUUUUAAUCAGAGCAAAAA